GAAGAAGACGUGACGUAGGGCGGAAGUGUGCAUUUGUUAGACUUUAAAUCAAUAUUUUCCAGGAUUUUUCUAUUUUAAAGAAAAUUAUUACUCACGUAUUGAAGUAAAAUAAAAUAGCAGGUACACUCGUUGGCUCGUUGUGCGAGUACAGUCGGUGGCAGAGAGGAUUUUUCAGCCCUAGCUGCAGUUGUGGAUUAAUAUACUCCAGCAUCCACUCUCAAUAUUGUGAGAAACAAACAGGGUUUUAUAUCUGUAUCCCUUUAUUUUUGAAGGACGCUGUGCUUCUAAUGAGCACAAAUAGAUGCAUGUUUACCUGAAUUAUGCAACAAAAGGACAAGUGAGUGAAGAAACUACAGCUAACCCUAAAUAAUGCUUCAUCGUAUGUUGUCAGUAUGGUUCUGGUUUGCCUCGGAUCGCCCUGGUUUCUGUCUGGGAACAUGUUUAUUGAUAACACUCAUGCUGCUGAUGUAUGCUGGGGGCAUCCAGGCAAGUCUCAGCUUAGGUCCCGAUGCAGACUUCCCAGGGGUCACAGAUGUGUUUCUGUAUGCUCUCAGUCAUGAUGAGUUGCCCUCUCUGCUGGUCAGUGUUGUUUUCCUGCUGAUGGUUGGGCCCUGUGAGGAGCGUCGCUGGGGAACAGUCGCCUUCCUCGCCCUCUCUAUCCUCACAAUGAUCAUAUUACCUCUUCUUUACGCGCUGGUCCUUUUUGUCGGUGGAGGUGAGGCGAGUCGGAUCUGUGGUUACUCUGCCAUCCAGCUGGCUCUGUUUGCAGCGCAGUGUCGUCAGGUGGCCCAGAGGAGGCUGCUCAGGUGUGUACCAGUCUGGUUUCUGCCCUGGCUUUUUCUGCUGGCUGGUCUACUUCUGCUGCCAGGGACACCUGCCCUGCUGCACUUCUGCACAAUAUUCAUCGGACAUAACUAUCAUCAGUCCUUCAUUGGGACGUUACAGGAGCUGGAGGAGUCCAGAAUCUUGGACCUCAUUCCUGAUUGGGCAUAUAUCCGCAUCUCAGCCAGGUUCAGAUUGCCCACCUACACUACUGCACAGAGAUCCAGAUCAGCUUCUCAGAUGAUGCCUGUAGAUCAGGCAGCUUCACCCCCCAUGAGGGAUCCAUCUGUUUUGAACCACCACCCGUGGGUGGAUCCAGUGCCCGCCUGGAUAAUGAAAGAAUCUGCUGCACUGACUGAGGCUGAGAUUUUGGAGGAACAGAUGCUGAGGGCAGGAAUACUGGCGUCAUUACAGGAUGCUCCUGACAACCCUGAUGCAAAAGUAGAGGUGCCCAAAUCCUCCGUCUCCUCUCUGCGACUCCAGCAGCUGGAGAAGAUGGGCUUCCCCACAGAGAAAGCCGUGGUAGCAUUAGCAGCCUCAAAACAGCUAGAUGGCGCCAUUUCUCUGCUCAUCGAUGACAGCGUCGGAGAACAGGCUGUGGUGGUAUCAAAAGGGAAGAGCCCUGUGCAGCCACAGAGCACCUAGACGACCUCACACUCCUGGACAGAAACAGGAUUUGCUCCUGUGCAGUAAACCGGACUUACAUUAUGCUUGGAUUUUGCUGAGCUUCGAGAUUAGUUUUUCCCUGUGGGCUACUUUUAGAACUAAUUUAAUGAUCAAAAUUUAUGGGGGGUGGAAAGACCGUGCUGUUCUUUUUCCACGACUGUGAAUCUAAUCAAGUGUGGAUGCAAACCUGAUGGCUUUGGAGACAGUUUCUGUAUCUGCACGUGUACAUUGGAGAGAGGGGAUGUCACUUAUUUAUGCUGUAAUCAUGUUUAAUGAACACUGGUGUAACACAAAUAAAGACAGAGGUGGCAUGUUUAAAAAAAAACAAUGAACAUUAUUUUAUUACACCAAUCAUCUAGACAGGAUUAUCUUAACACAAUAACACAUUUGCAAGAAAUGAAUGAAAUAUGAAAUGGUUACACAACAGCAUACAAA